UCUUUUUAAUUUUUUGGUGAUUUUCUUUACUGUUAAAUUUGUGAUGUUUUGUGUUUUUCUUGUUAUAGUGGCUUGAAAAAAGAAUAAUCUUUAUAAAUAUGGAGUGAAAACUAAAAAUAUGAUAUGGGUUUGUUAGAAAGAUUGUCUUUUUAUUUUUGGUGAUUUUUUUACUGCUAAAUUUGUACUGUUAUAUGUUUUUUCUUGUUAUAGUGGCUUGAAAAAUGAGUAAUCUUUGUAAAUGGGGAGGCAAAAACAAAAAAUAUAAUAUGGGUUUGUUAGAAAGAUUUAAGUCUUUUUAUUUUUUGGUGAUUUUUUUACUGCUAAAGCCGGGGGUCUAUCGGAAACAGCCUCUCUAAUUCUUCGGAGGUAGCGGUAUGGACUGCGUACAUUCUACCCCAGUCCCCACUUGGUGGGAAUACACUGGGUUUGUUGUUGUUGUUGUAUUUUACUGCUAAAAUUGUACUGUUAUAUGUUUUUUCUUGUGAUAAUGGAUUGAAAAAGAAUAAUCUUGUAAAUGGAGGUGAAAAAAGGAAAAUAAAAUGUAGAGAAAAUAUGAGUUUGUUAAAAAGAUAAAUAUUUUGGUGUGUUGUUAGUGUUCUGUUCAUCAAUUGAAAUUUGGUGAAGUUUAAAUUCUUGUGUUCUAUUAGAAAUAGCCUCUCUACCUCCUAGGUAAGUGGAAGGUCUGUGUACAACUAUCCUCCCUAGACCCCAGUUUACACACUGAUAUGUUGUUGUUGUAUUGUUAGGGGUCGUUUGGUAGAGUGUGUUAAUCAAAAUAAUACAUGCAUUAUACUUAUGUAUUAUUAAUACUCCGUUUGGUACAUUUUUUUGUCAUUGUAUAACUAAUGCCUUGCAUUAGUUAUACACUAAAUUGUGUAUUGGGCUAUGCAUUAUUAAUACCCACUCUUUUCCACGUAUUAGUAAUACAAAGCAUUUUAAUACAUGCAUUGGAUUAUUAAAUGACAACUUUACCCCUCAAAAUAACUAAUUUCUUUUUCCCACCAUUUCUCCACUUCUUCUUCUUAAUCAAACAUCUUCUUUUAUUCCGAUUUCUUUCUCUUUAUUCCGAUCAAAUUCCAUCAAUUUCACUUUCAAGUCUUUUGGAUAUAGAGAAUACGUGAAAUUGGGUUUUCAAAGAAAAGUAAAUUUAGAGAAGAAGUAAAAAUUAAAUUUUCAAGAUUGCAUACCUUCCUCAGAUUUCCUUUUCAAUGAAAAUGAACAAAUGAAUUCAUUGGAUAUUUGGGUAUUUGGAUACAACACAAUGAAAAUGAUUGGAUAUUUCGGUAUUUGGAUACACCAGCUGGUGGUGGUUGCUUCCAUUUUUUUUUCAUACCAAACAACCAGAGGAGCUGUUUGGCAAGUAUCAAGAUGUGCUCCAGCCAGGGUGCCACUGUUUGCCUUGGUUCCUCGGGUACCAGUUAGCUAGCAAUCUUUCCCUCACGGUGCAGUAGCUUGAUGUUUGCUGUGAGACAAAGACAAAGAAAGUGUGAUUGUAUGAUGGUUGAGGAUGAAUUGGCCAUGAUAGACCCAGAGAAUGAGGAUUUUGAUCCAGAAACUGAAUCAGAAGAAGAUGAAGAAGAACAGCAAGUUGUAAAGUUGGCUGAACCUUCAAAAACUGCUGUAUAUAACCGGGAUGGUUUGCUUGAAAGGCUGGCUGAUAUCAGUUGGCCUGAUGAUUUGGAUUGGACUCACAGGCUUAACAUUGAUAGGGAGGAGCAGGAAGAGGUGGACGUGAAUGAUGACUUGGCGAGGGAACACUCUUUCUACACGCAGGGGUUGGAGGGUAUACGCCAAGCCUACGCCAAUUUUCAUUCGACCGGUGAACCGUUUCUUAGGCCGUCUGAUUAUUAUGCGGAGAUGGUGAAGUCUGACGUUCACAUGGAGAAAGUUAAGAGCCGGCUCUUGGCUGAGAAGAAGAGGAUUGAGGAGUCUGAGGAGAGGAGGAAGGCCAGGGAGAACAAGAAACUUGCCAAGGAAGUACAAGCACAGAAGAUGAAAGAGCGAACUAAGCAGAAGAAGCAGGAGAUUGAGUCUGUUAAAAAGUGGAGGAAGCAGAGGCAACAGAGCGGCUUUGAUAAAGAGGAUGCUAGCGGCCUAGAUUUGGCUUUUGAUGGAGGAGAUGCUAAUAAACCCUUUCAGAGAUCAAAUAAGAAGAGACUUGGUGUGUCACCCGGAGACCGUUCAGGGGGAAGGGCGACAUUUGGUGGAAAAGGUAAAGGAUUUGACAAAAAGAGGAAAAGCAGGGAAUUCAGGGACUCCAAGUUUGGAUUUGGUGGAAGAAAAGGUUUAAAGAAGCAGAACACAGCUGAGACUACCAAUGAUUUUGGAGCAUUCCACAAGGGUGAUUGUUCUGCACCUAAAAACAAACGCACUAAGAGAUGAUUUUGCUUGUUACUUACUAGAGUUUUGUUGUACUAGACUAAAGUUAUUCCUUUGUUAUGCGGAUGAAUUAGUACUUAAUUGAGAGCUUUUACUUAUCAAGCAUAAUGCAUUUAAUGUUUCUAAAGGUUUCUGCAAAUUGAUCAUCAUUUUCCUUGACUUCA